CAACGCUUCUCUUUUUUUUGACGUAUUGUAUAACGGUCCCUAGCAUUUCUUUAGAAACGAAAGUAGCCUGGAUGUGACGUUGCGCACGCGGGCACAGAGCGUGAAAGAAGAAAGGCAAACGAACUUAACACCCAUCCAAGGUCAUCAUCAUGAGCACAUCCAUCACAUCCAGGUUGUCCGAUUGGCAGAAGAAGAAGCUGCGAUCAUUCCUGAACCAUGCCAACCUCAGCCUGCUGUUUAAAGCCAGUGUUCAUGGUUACAAUGUUAAUGCUUUCCACCAAAAGUGUAACAGACAGGGACCUACUGUUGUUGUUGCUUACAAUAACUCUGGUUUUGUUUUUGGAGCUUACACUAGCAAAGAUUAUGGUCAGACAAAUACUAAUAUUGCAGAUGACAAAGCCUUUCUCUUCAGCUUUAAUGGGAAUAAAGUCAAAGCAGAUCCAAUGCGUGUGGUCAGUGGAAAUCCUCAGUAUGCUUUUACUGAUUCAGGCCCAAACUUUGGCUCUUUAGUGUUUCUUUAUAACAACACGGCCACAGUCUACAGUAAUCCUGCUGGACAAUACCAGUUUGAUCCACUGCUGAUGCAUGGGAAUGAUUUACAGCUGGUUGAGUUUGAGGUGUACAGGGUGGAGGACUGUGGGGCUCUCAUGGAGAAACCAUGGAGAAAUGUCCAAUGGAACGCUGAGAGAAGGAAGGGACUCCUAAGCAACAUUUCUGAGUGGAAGCCUUCUGUUAGCUCAGUGAAACAGGCUCGGAUUUUAAUGGUGGGUCCUGUUGGUGCCGGCAAAUCAAGUUUCUUCAACUCCAUCAACUCUGUAUUUAAAGGUUAUGUGAGCGGUCAGGCCAACACUGGCACUGCCGGCUCCAGUUUAACUACUCAGUUUCGUACCUACAGCAUAAAACCAACCAGCAGUGUAACUCGUAUUCCAUUCACACUGUGUGACACGAUGGGUUUGGAAGAGGGAUUGAACGCCGGGCUGGAUCUAGAUGAUUUUUCUAAUAUUUUGAGAGGUCACGUUCAAGACAGGUAUCAGUUUAACUCAUCAAUGCCUAUCCAGCCAGGCAUGCCUCAUUUCAUUAACUCACCUGGCUUAAAGGAUAAGAUUCAUUGUGUUGUAUACGUCAUUGAUGCCUGCAAAGUCAAGAUUCUCUCUGACAAAAUGAUCGACAAGUUUGCGGUUUUCCGAAGGAAAGCCAACCAGCUGAAUGUUCCUCAGCUGGUCCUGCUGACUAAGGUGGAUGAAGCGUGCCCAUUAGUGGCAGAAGACCUGAAGAACGUCUAUCAGAGUCAUUACAUUAACAGAAUGAUGCAGGAGGUGAGCGCUCAGCUUGGAGUUUCUCUUUCUGCUGUGGUCCCAGUAAAAAAUUACAGCAAAGAAGUGGAUAUAGAGCCACAAAAUGACAUCUUGCUUCUGACCGCUGUUAUUCAGAUGCUCAGAGCAGCUGAGGGAUACUUUGAUGAUCUUUACAACGUGGAGGAAAAGUCUGCCUAGAUCAAGUCAUUUCAGUUUUACAAAAUAAUGUCCUAAAUAACCGGAUCUGUCUUUUACAGUACCAAUACGCUGUUAAAAAGUGUGUUAAGUUUAGCACAUGUUUAGAGGCGGAUUAUAGUAGAUGCUUAAAGUGGCAGCUGUAUCUCUGUUAGAGUAUUAUAAGGUUCGCAAUUAUUUCUCUUUGCUUGUUACUCUGAAAAUGCAAAUAAUAAAUAAAACCACAUGAUUUUCA